AUGGAAAAUCUUCUGUAUCGACCACCUCAAAGCAACUAUUCAGAAAUCACUGAUCAGGAUGAUAAGACUGUAAGUGAACAAAAUGCACUACAAAGAAAUGUUAAAAAAACAUUGUUUUAUAUUAUUAUAGCAACAAUAGUAUUUAUUCCUAUUUGUAUUUCAUUUCAUAUUGCAACUAGACCACAUUCAUAUACAUGCUCUGCCUCAAAUAAUAAAUUGUUUACAAAAUAUAUUGGACCUAUGUCAAUUGAUAACACAAGUUUAAUUUUACCAAUGUAUGGAAUUAUAACUUUAAAAGGAACCUUUGUUAAUAAAAAAAGAAUUCCUUUAAGUGUUAAUGUCUUUUCUAUAGGAGAUGAUGGAAAGAAAGUAGAUAAUGGAAUUAAGUAUGAUAUUUCUUCGAUUCAAGUUCCAGAAAAUGAUUGUCAAGCUUCAGGAGUUUAUUUUACUCAAUUUGAAAUUUGUAAAACACUUCGGUUUACUCUUGCGGCAAAUAAAACAAAUGCAAAGACAAGAAAUGCUAAAGAAAUCAUUAUUGAUAAAGUGAUGAUUGAGAUUGAGUCUCCACCUUCAAUUGACCAGGACCAAUGUACUUUAGGAAUUGAAUACAUACUAAUUGAUAACACAAAAAUUCAACUGAGUACCAUCAUUAUCCUGAUCCUAAAAGUCUUCUUGUAUGGAAUAGAAAAUACUUAUUUUAUGCAUUACAUCAAAUAG